UGGAUGCUGCAGGGCGGGCGUAGCUCGCAGACGGUGACCAGACAGCUCUGUCCGCUCAUCCUUUGGACCCGUCGGGAGGGUCGCCUGGCAUCUAACGGGGGCGAACAGCCAGCCUGUGGGUUUAGCUAGUUCCGUUUCUAGGCAGGGGGUGCUCCUAAACGUGUGUUCAAACAGGGGCACAUGUGAAUGGAAGGACGCCUCUCGCCCGCCCCCUCUGCCCUUUGAAUUAUUCAGCGAAGAAGAAAAGCUGGAACCAGUUGCGAGGUUCUUAAGAAGCUGUUGGCAGUUUAAAAGAGGAAUCGCAGCUCAGGGUGUAUCUGCUAACCCCACCUUUGCUCUGAUAAACCGUUAUCGCAGGCUUUUGUGUUUCAAAAACGUGCAAAAUCUGUUUGAUUAGAGAUGGAAAUGGGGCAAUAGAAACAGGUGGUGUGUGUGUGUGUGUGUCCUGGAAAGUAAAACCUCAUCCAAAACACUUAUCUCAAACUAUUUCAAACUAUUACCACCAGUUUCAAAUAUGUACUGCAAUGGCUGCAGGAGUCUUGUUGCAAAGUGAAUUACCUUAUUGUUCUCUGGUCAACAGCAGUUCCUAUCUUGCAGCCAUGAGUUCAGGAGAAGGCAUAAUCUCCCUAAAUGCCUUCCUGGAAGCAGUGAUGGGCUGGAUGAGAGAUAACAAGCUGAGGCUGAAACCAGAUAAAGACAGAGGAAGAUCUAGGCGCCCAACUGCAAAAUACACGAAGGUUGGCGAACGCCUUCGCCAUGUUAUUCCUGGUCAUAUGCAGUGUUCCAUGGCAUGUGGUGGCCGUGCUUGUAAAUAUGAAAACCCAACUCGGUGGAGUGAUCAAGAACAAGCUAUUAAAGGGCUUUACUCUUCCUGGAUAACAGAUAACAUUUUAGCCAUGUCUCGACCCUCAACAGAAAUUAUUGAAAAGUAUAAUAUUAUCGAGCAGUUCCAAAGAUGUGGCAUAAAAACAGUAAUUAACCUUCAGCGUCCUGGGGAGCAUGCUAGCUGCGGGAAUCCGCUGGAACAAGAGAGUGGUUUCACCUACCUUCCUGAAGCUUUCAUGGAGGCGGGAAUUUAUUUUUAUAACUUUGGAUGGAAGGAUUAUGGUGUGGCUUCUCUCACUACUAUCCUCGAUAUGGUAAAAGUGAUGACUUUUGCCUUACAGGAAGGGAGAGUAGCUAUUCAUUGUCACGCAGGACUUGGCCGAACAGGUGUCUUAAUAGCUUGUUACUUAGUUUUUGCAACAAGAAUGACUGCGGACCAAGCAAUCCUUUUUGUUAGGGCAAAGAGGGCAAAUUCUAUUCAAACCCGAGGACAGUUGCUGUGUGUAAGGGAGUUUUCGCAGUUCUUAAUUCCUCUGAGGAAUGUUUUUGCUUCCUGUGAACCUAAAGCACACGCAGUCACUCUUUCCCAGUACCUGAUCCGACAGAGGCAUUUGCUGCAUGGUUAUGAGAGCAGACAUCUCAAGCAUGUGCCAAAACUCAUUCAUCUGGUUUGCAAGCUGCUGCUGGAUUUGGCUGAAAACCGACAAGUGAUAGAGGAGGAACUAGUAGAUGUUCCAGACUUGUCAGCAGAAAUUGAAGAGACUGUUUCACAGUUAGCUUCUACCCAGCUCGAUAAAGAGUUAACAAGGCAAGACAGCAAUACUUCAGAGCCAUUCUCCCUCUCAGGAUCCAAUUCUCUUCAUGACAGUGAAAAUAAAUGCGAUCCUCUUUGGAAGAGGAGGAAUGUUGAUUAUCUUCAACCUCUGAGUCACGCAAAAAGGCGCCUGAGCUAUAGUGACUCUGAUUUAAAGAGGGCUGUGUUUGUCUCUGAACAAGGAGAGACGCCCUGGUCAGUGCCUGUGCAAGUGCCACUCUGCAAUAAGACCCCUUUGCAGAACAACAGGGAGAAUUGUCAAACUCUUCGGGUUGAGUUGAACCAAGAACUCUUAAUUCGUAGCACAUUUACUUUUGUCAAUCAGGGAAAACUGAGUUCAGAUGGAAAAGAAGGUAGUUCUCCACUUUACCUUAAAGCCAGACAUCCCAAAGAAGUACAGCGUAGUAAAACCUUUUCUACAGGCCUUACAUCUGAUCGGAAAGAAGAAAAGGAGGAAGAGGAAGAGGACGAGGAGCUAAAAGCACUAAACUAUAAUUUUGCCAGAAAAACUAAUAUGUAUGGUAAAGCAAAGUGGUCCUCUGAGGACUCGGACUCUCCUAAAGCAGAGCGAGAGCGCCGUAAAAUUAGAAACCUUUCUGAAACAAUCCCCCAUAUUGUUGUGCAGUCGGAACUAAGUCUGGAGGCACGAAGAACGUUGGCAGCCAAAGCUCUUGCAGAUCUAAAUGAAUUUACGGGAGCAGAAGAAGUAAAGCACAAGGUGGAAACGUGGCAGAAAGAGCUGAAUUCUCAAAAUGGAACCUGGGAUAAGAUAUGCACUGAGAGAGAUCCUUUUAUCCUCAGUAGUUUGAUGUGGUCCUGGAUAGAGCAACUUAAAGAACCUCUUCUAACCAAAGAUGAUAUUGAUGUGAUAGCAAAAAAUAGCACAGACUCACUGGAAGCACUCAGAUUACUAGAUAAGGAAAAGUAUCACACUAUUUUGUGUAUUUUAAGUUGCGUGGUGAAUUUGCAGACAAUACCAGAAUAUGUUGAGAAGCUUCUUCUUGAACGUGCCAUUAAAGCAUUCACAAAGAUGAAUUCCGAUUCUGAAAGUGGAGCAUAUGUUUACAACACUCUAAAGAAUGUUUUCAAACAGAUACUGGAACACCAAAGACAAAACUCUUGCGAAGGAACAGUCUUUUGAUGUUUUCACCUCUAAGCUGUAGUUCUCUGCAGCCCUCCAAACCUAUCUUCAUUUACCUACAAUUAUAUUUCGCAUCCUUGGUAUGUGUUAACUAAAUUUCCAGUUAAUGUUGGUUAUUAAAUAACUGCCCUUUAUUUUGUUUGCAUAUGUAUAUAAGCUGAUCUUUUUAAUGAGUUGCCACUUUGUGUUCAUACUUCAACAUUUUGUAUUUGUCUGUUGUAAAAUAAGAAUGUAUUUAUUUAUUUAGUUUUCUUAUAAAUAAGCUAUGUUUUUUGACAUUGAACUAUUGCCAUAUAUUUGGUGCCAUGUUAUACAAUGGUUUAUUCAGUUAAAUAUUUGUGUAUUAACAUUUUAAGUAUACACAAUGAUGUUUACAUCAAUGGUAUUACAUUUUACUUUGUUAUGAGUAAACAUUGACUUAUAUUAAUGUUUGUUGUACAUCUGUAUGGCUUUUCCUUGGUAAUAAUAAAAUAACUUAUUGUAAUGCCAAAACAAACUUUUAGGAAACAAACAUAAUUUACAGUGCAAAGAGUGUCAAUCAACAGUUCAUAUAUGUUCUUGUUAGAAAACUGGAAUUUUUGACUUUUUAAACACUGUAAAUUUAUAACUUUCCCAUUUGUUGGGGAAACUGAAAUGUGAGACUUCUAGUUUAAUGUCUCAGAAAUCAGAACAGAAAUAAAAAGAAGCAUUUAAUAUUUUCAAGA